AUGAGCGAAACAGUUGCUGAUAUGUUUGAAGGAUAUUUGGAAUGCAAAUUAAAGAAAAAAUGGAAAUUACGAUUUGUUAUUGUCAAUGGCUCUACAUUAUAUUAUUAUAAAACUGAGCUUGAUGAUAAACCAGAAGGUUCAAUAGAAUUAGCUGGGUUAGUAUUAAAUGCUGAUCCAAAAGAUAAAUUAAAUGAACAUAAAAAUUCAUUUCAUAUAACUGUUGGGUCAACAGUAAAUCAGUUCAAAACAAGUGCUGAUGCUUUUAAAUUAUGGAUUGACACCUUUGAAAAGCACUGUAAACUCACCCCACAAUCUGCUCCAAGUAAAACAUUAAUUAAAAAGUCUAAAAGAAGUUUAAUGGAUAAAAUUACACGAAAUACUGUUGCAUCAGUUGGAGGAAGUGGAAGUGCAAGUUUUGUUAUGAAUGAUGAAAUGAAUAAUUUAUUAAAAGCAAUAGAAAAAUUAAUUGAAAUUGAUGCAGGAAAAGAAGAAGCAAAGAAAUAUGAAAAGUUUAUAAUGAAAUUAGUUGCUAAAUGUUAUAUGGAAUGGCAACAUAAAAAUAUUUCAAAUGAACAAAUCUAUGCAUUAGAUAAACCUCUUCGUAAUGCUUUUACUAUGUUUGAUCAACUAUUUAGAUAUUUUGGAUUAAAAAAAGCAGAAUAUCUUCAAGCUGGAUUUAAAAAUCUUGUUGACUUAUUAAAUAAUGAAAUUAAAACACAAUUAAUUCAAACAUUACGUCCUUGUCUCUCACCAAAGAAUUUAUCCAAAUUACGAGACUUAUUUAGUUUAUUCUUUAAUGUUGAAUUCUUUGAAAGAGUUUGGUCUAAGACAGAUCCAAAAGAUGAAGUAAGUGACCAUCUCUUUAAUAUCGUUCAAUCAAUGAAUCAAUAUAAUUCUUUCCCAUUAAAUUUACCAGAACGUCAAUAA